AUGGGUAUCGCAAUGUCGCCUUUAUCAAAUAACUCAUUAUUUAUUAGUUAUCAACGUAAUCCACUCCCGGAAUAUCUUCAGAAGGGCCUUAAUGUUUCGUUGUCUACCGACGAUCCUCUACAAUUCCAUUACACUAAAGAAGCUCUGAUGGAGGAGUACUCAAUCGCUGCACAGGUAUGGAAACUGAGUUCGUGUGAUAUGUGCGAACUGGCUCGCAACAGCGUCCUUCAGAGUGGAUUUGAAGAUAAAGUGAAAAUCCACUGGUUGGGUCCACAUUACCAUUCAUCGACGAAUGUUCCAGAUAUUGCAUUUAACAAAUUCUUCGUUCGUUUCAGGGUGUCCUUCCGACACGAGGCACAUGUUGACGAGCUAUGCAAUUUGUUCCGCGUUCAACAUUUAACAAAUUCUGACUAG